GUUAUUUACAGGCCAAAGAGUGAACAUCCAAAAAUCAUCUGCAUUUUUUAGCAAAAAUACCUCUCUUACUGCUCAGAAUCAAGUUUGUGCUAUUAUGGCUGGUAUUCAACUGCAUUCUUCUACCAGAUACUUGGGCCUCCCACUGGGGAUUGGCAGAUCAAAAUCAGAAGUUUUCUCUUAUGUCUUAGACUCAGUGAAAGCUAAACUUUGGAGUUGGACGAAUAAGAUGAUCUCAGUAGCAGGCAAGGAG